CAGAGCCCCAUCUUUCCAUUGCAGCGCUUGUUACCUCUCUACCUCCCCCGGGCCGGGAUUAUAAAUACUAGACUCCCCAAUCUCAUUUCCUUCAGGGAAAGUAGCUAGCUAUCUUCAGCUUGCAACAAGUUCCCCAUACUCACUUAUUAAUUCAUUAUUAUUAUUGUCGAUCGGAUCAAUAUAUAUAUAUUUAUUUAUUUAUAUAUCCACUCCGGCCAAAGAUCUGCCACCAACCCCUCCGCCGCAAGAUAAGCAAAUGGAGUACUCCCUCCUCCAAACCGUCCUCUACCUCGCCCUCCCUCUUCUCCUCCUCCUCCUUCCCAUCCUCACGCGCCGCCGCAGCCGCCUCCCACUCCCGCCUGGGCCCAAGGGCCUGCCCAUAAUCGGUAACAUGCUGAUGAUGGACCAGCUCACUCACCGUGGGCUUGCCAAGCUAGCCCAGCAGUGGGGCGGGAUCUUCCACAUGAAGAUGGGGAACCUCCACAUGGUGACGGUGUCGUCCCCGGAAGUGGCGCGGCAGGUCUUGCAGGUUCAGGACAACAUCUUCUCCAACCGCCCCGCCAACAUCGCAAUCAGCUACCUCACCUACGACCGCUCCGACAUGGCCUUCGCCCACUACGGUCCCUUCUGGCGCCAGAUGCGCAAAAUCAGCGUCAUGAAGCUCUUCAGCCGCAAGCGGGCCGAGUCAUGGGAGUCCGUCCGAGACGAGGUCGACUCCAUGGUCUCCACCGUUGCCGCCAACGCCGGCAAGCCCAUGAACGUCGGGGAGCUCAUCUUCACCCUCACCAUGAACAUCACGUACCGUGCGGCUUUCGGCUCCAAGAACGAGGGCCAGGACGAGUUCAUCAAGAUUCUCCAGGAGUUCUCCAAGCUGUUUGGGGCUUUCAACAUUGCUGAUUUCAUCCCGGGGCUAGGAUGGAUGGACCCACAGGGUCUCAACUCUAGGCUUGUCAAGGCCAGAGGUGCUCUUGAUAAAUUUAUUGAUAAAAUCGUGGACGAGCACCUGGAGAAGAGGAAGCUAAACCAGGCGGACGAUCCUAACCCGGACAUGGUGGACGACUUGCUGGCUUUCUACGACGACCAAGAUGCCAACGACAACAACAACAACAAAGCUACCGAUAACUCCGCCGACUCUCUCAAGCUCACCAAGGACAACAUCAAAGCCAUCAUCAUGGAUGUGAUGUUUGGUGGGACUGAAACGGUGGCGUCAGCAAUCGAGUGGGCUAUGGCUGAACUGAUGAAGAGCCCGGAGGACCUGCGAGUGGUUCAGCAAGAGCUGGCGGAGGUUGUCGGUCUGGACCGCCGGGUCGAAGAGAGCGACUUUGAGAAGCUGAGCUUCCUGAAAUGCACGCUCAAGGAGACGUUGCGCCUCCACCCGCCGAUCCCGCUGCUCCUCCACGAGACGGCGGAGGAUGCGGAGGUGUGCGGCUACUCCGUCCCGAAGAGGUCGCGGGUGAUGAUCAACGCGUUCGCCAUCGGACGCGACCGGAACUCGUGGUCCGAACCGGACGUGUUCAAGCCGGCCAGGUUUCUCAAGGAAGGGAUGCCGGACUUCAAGGGGAGCAACUUCGAGUUCCUGCCGUUCGGGUCGGGUCGGAGGUCCUGUCCGGGGAUGCAGCUGGGUCUGUACGCGCUGGAUCUCGGGGUGGCCCACUUGCUUCAUUGCUUUAAAUGGGAGCUGCCCGACGGGAUGAAGCCCAAUGAUUUGGAUAUGAGUGAUGUUUUCGGACUCACCGCUCCCCGGGCCACCCGACUCGUGGCUGUGCCCACCCCGAGAUUGACCUGCCCGCUGUAACUAGCUGGCUGCAAGGAAUUUGAAUGGGGUUAAAUUUCAUUCUUGUUUGUUUGACUGUUAUGCUUUUAUUUUCACUUUCUUUUGUGGAUGAGUUUUUUUCACUUUUUUUUCUUUCUGAAACAAAAUUACUAUAUAUAUAUAUAUAUGUAUCAAGUACGAAUGAUGCAGAUACUUCUGGAAGAAACACAUGCAAUGCAGGGCCGAACGAAAUAGCUAGAGUCGGGGGGAAAAAUAACCAAGGAAUAAAUAUGGCAAAACAAAUUCUUGUUUGUUUUCUUCUUCUCCGCUGAUCUUGUACAUGCGGGAUCUUGGAUGUAAAAGAAUUCAUUUGUCUUUAUCAACGCUUCGUCAGUUUCUUUUCUUACCACUGGUCCAAUGAUGCCCACAUCUGAUCUGAUCUGAUCUGAUCGGGGUACCUACAAUUUGUAUGGUCUAUACUCUAUACAACACGUUUGUGGCUGUAUUCAACCGGUGGGGAAAUACUGUAGUUGUGGCUGGAAUUAUAUCACCGAC